AUGGACCCCGCGGUAAAGGCAGAGAUUGCGGCAGCGCUUGAGAAGUGCCAGAAAUCAGGGCUGGUGCAGGGGGUGAACCUCCUGUACUCGUGCCUUGAGCGGCACUCCAUGUGCAGGUUCAUGCGCAUCGAACCGCACCUGAUUGGCACUGACCCACAGAAUCGAGAUGGUUUUGGGAUCAGCGUGAAGGACUGUCAUGAUCUGAUUCGUUCGAUCACAGAAGUUGGCUUCUGCAGUUCUGAAACGGCUCCGGUUUGCGCGGAGCUCGAUCCGCUUGACCGGGAGCCACUCGUGUUCAACGAAAAGCUUGCAGUGGAAGCGCAGGGCUACUUGCCACCAUGCCCUCAUAUGAGGUUUACGUCACUGGCAGGGUCUCACCUCAAUGCCGGUCUUCGAUGCAUUGCGUCAGGGAGUAUGUCCGACAUUGAAGAGCUGGUGCACUCAUCAGGCCGGCUGAGCUUGGAUGUGAUCAAGGACAUCGACCCUCUCUACGCAGAAGCAGUCACAAGCGGACUGCGUUGGCGGGUCAUCAGCUUUGAGCCUCUUCGAGAGUUCCCAGAGAUGAAGGGCCUAAUCCAGAGCGCUUCAAAUGCCAGUGGGCACCUGGCUAAAGGAGAGCACGAGCUGCAGCUUCUCAAGAGAAUUGAGAACAUGGUGAGGAGCGCAGAAAAGCGCAAAGCCCCGUGCUCCUACAAGGACUUGAAGGACUCCCUGCUGCGUAGCAAGCCAUUGUGUGCUCCUGCAGCACCCUUCAUGCACCGGUUCAUUGUGAAGUUCUCAGCCGGAGCUCCAGGUUUGCUUGACAGGGUGGAGAAGGCAGUCAAGCAACAGUGUUCCUCAAGCAAGCAGCUUGGGGGGGACUUCUUUGAGGCGCUGUCUUCAGAGGGCAAAGGAGUCCAAGAUUCGAUGAUCGAUUUGAGACACGCUUUGCUUGGGGCUGCCUACAUGAGCCCGAGCCCGCUGAAGAUCACGCCGCAGGAUGUGAAGCGAGCGGUCACCAGUCGAGAGUUCAAGACACAUGCUGAAAAGGCCAAUGGCCUGAUUCGGCGCUGCUGGUCGCUGGUUGAGAGUCACGGUGUUUGCGACCCAACUGUGCACACGUUGAUGGCGGAGUUCGAAACAGACUUGAUGCUAGCUAUGCUUGGGAAGCGACACAGUGAGGUGAACAUCUCAAAUUGCCAGGAAGCUGCAGCCUGUCGGCUGAUGGACAAGCUUGAGGCUGCCAAGCAUGUUCGUCUUUGCUCAGAGUGGGACGCCUUCAAGGAAGAUCGUACUGAUGACCCCAAAGAAACGACAAAGGCAGAUACGAGCCCUAGUGUUUGUUAA